UCCACUUCAUUUUAUCGAUUCUCUUUAUUGUGAAGGAAGCAAUCAUACUUUCUUCCCCCUCUCACAUUUUCCACCAUUAUUUUGGCUUGAAUAAUCUGCUUUUUUAUUCCCUUCCACAAAUUCUCAAGUUGUCCUGUCUGAAUCCCAUGCCUCUCUCUCUCUCUCAACUGUGAGCACUGCUUAUCUCCUUCAUCCAAAGAAACGAUUUUUAUUCUUCCUCAAGUUUAAUCUUCUGCGUUUUAAUUGAUUCGCUUAUUUGUUCUUGUUGUUCAGAAACCUCCUCUCCUCCUCCUGGCCUUUCUCCUCUCACUGUCUCAGGAAUUUUUGCUUUCUACUACCUGCAAUUGUUGUGUCCUUUUAAGAUCCACUUGCUGCCAUCGUUUGAAGAGUGUUCCAGCAUUAAAGGCAGCAUUUUUAGUCACUUUUUUUUUCGCCUAUUGUCGCUUCAAAAUUUGUUCAUGUCCGAGCAACUGUCGCUGUUAACUUUAAUCAUUUUCUCUCGAUUUUUUGAAGUGAGAUUCAUGGAGAAAUAGAGGGGAUACAGACAUAUAGUGUAGGCGGGAGAGGGGGAAGAGAGGAGAGGGAUCAAAGAUCUGGCCUUUGUCCAUAGAUCGAAACUUUUUUCCCAAAACAUUUGUUUUCUAGGGCAAUGAGGUCGGACGCUCAGCUAGAUUCGGCGGUCUUCCAGCUCACGCCUACUCGAACCAGGUGUGAUUUGGUCAUCGUAGCAAAUGGUAAGACAGAGAAACUUGCAUCUGGCUUGAUGGCUCCUUUUCUUCCUCAUUUGAAGACUGCUCAGGAUCAGAUUGCUAAAGGAGGUUACUCCAUAAUACUUGAGCCAGACACAGAGAGUGAUGUUACAUGGUUCACCAAAGGAACUGUAGAGAGAUUUGUUCGUUUCGUGAGCACACCUGAGGUCCUAGAGCGUGUAACUACGAUAGAAAAGGAGAUCUUACAGAUUGAGAAUGCGAUUGCUAUUCAGGGAAAUGGAAAUGAUGGCUCAAGCACUGUGGAAGAUCAUCAAAGCAAACCAGCAGAAACUUUCGAAGCUACCAAGUCUUCAGUUGAUAGUGAUGCAGGAAAGGCAAUUAUUCCAUAUAAGCCUGGUUCACAACCAGAUCCACCUGAUUCUAAUGGAUCUGCCAAGCAUCAGGAGAAUUCGAAGGCUCAUCUUUUGAAAGUUCUUGAGACCCGCAAAAUGGUAUUGCGCAAAGAACAGGGCAUGGCCUUUGCACGUGCUGCAGCCGCUGGUUUUGACAUGGACACUUUCCUAGAUUUGAUAUCUUUUUCUGAAAAUUUCGGUGCCUCACGUUUAAAGGAAGCCUGCUCGUCCUUCAUGGAUUUAUGGAAGAAAAAGCAUGAGACUGGACAAUGGCUUGAGGUUGAGGCUGUAGAAGCAAUGUCAAUGCGAUCUGAAUUUUCUGCUCUGAAUGCCUCAGGCAUUAUAUUUACUGCGGAUGCUAUGGCUCAGAAAGAUCACGGGGAUGCACAAAGUGUGUAUGCUGGCGAUAUUGUUGCCGAUAGCAAUGGAGACUCUGAUAAGAAGAUCCCUUCGGAGUCGAAAGUACCACCACACCCGGAGUAUUUUCAAGGUCAAUUUCAGCCUCCCACUUAUCCACAAUGGCCUAUGCAUGCUCCACCAGGUCCUAUGUUUCAACCAUAUCCCAUGCAGGGAAUUCCCUAUUACCAGAACUAUCCAGGUAGUGCUCCUUAUUUUCAUCCUCCUUAUCCUCCGAUGGAGGAUCCUCGAUAUAACAGCUCUCGUAGAAAGGGACCGAAAAGGGUGUCAAUGGAUAGUAAAGAUAUUGAAUCUGAGACUUGGGAUAGGAGCACACAAUCACAGGAUGAUGCAGAUGGAAAUCCAUCAGAUCUUGAGAAUGAAAAUUCUCAUGGUCAUAAAUCUCAUAAAAAGAGUGGUCGUUCGGGAAAGAAGUCUGGUGUCGUUGUUAUUCGCAACUUAAAUUAUAUAGCAUCCCAGAAGCAUGGAGGUAGGGGGUCUGAAAGUGACCCAAAGUCUGCUUCUGAAUCUGAAACAGAAGAGGAAAGUGAUGCACACCCCGAUGUGCGAGAAAGCAAGCACAAACACUCCAAGCGAAUUUCCAAGAGAGAAGAUCAUAGAACAAAACCUAUUGAAUAUUCUGAUGCAUAUGUCAAUGAUAAAGGUUCAUACAGGGAGGAGGCAGAUUCAGGAAAUUGGCAAGCAUUUCAAAAUUUCUUACUAAAUGCUGAAGAAAUAUCAAGAAGAGCUGACGAAGACAUGUUCGCAGGAGAGAAAGAUCCUCCAUCAAAGAACAAACAAAGCAAACCUGAAGGUGAUCCCAUGGUUCCUCCUGAACGAGAUUAUUGUGAACUUGAUGGCCACAAAAUGGUAGGAAUGGAUUUUAUUAAUGGGAAGGCAAGCCGAAUGAGGCAGAUAGCUUCUGAUGAUCAAUUAUUGGUUUCAAGUUAUGGAAGAGAUGCAAUAGAUAACCAGUUCAAGCAGAUAGAACGCUCAGGAGGUGUAUAUCGGCGGAGGAGCAGUGAAGAAUUCAUGAUUUAUGGGGAAGAUAAGCAGUUAAAUGUUAUGAGGUCUUCUGAUCCACUCAUUGAUCCUGCCUCUGAGCAUAUUGAUAAUGCACCGAAGAACUCUUCAUAUACUAUGACAGAUGAGUCCUUUUUGAUUCCUUAUAGAUCAAAUUUGCAGGAAGUUGGAUCAGACAACACAGCUGUUAUUGACAUGGAUUCUGAGAUCCCCACAACUCUCGAGAAGCCACAAGUCUCAAAUGAUAAUGCCAGAAGCCAACUUUUCUUUGAACCAGAUGAGUUGUCUAUGGUUCCUGAUCGUAGAAUGGAAAGUUUAUCUAUAGGAUAUGAUCCAGCUAUGGAUUAUGAUUUUGAGCUUCCCGUUGAGAGUACCGUCAAACUUGUAGCUACUAACGAAGAGGAUCUCUCUACAAGCACAAAAGAAGAACCAAAGAAAUCCGACAAGGAGAAAAACUUGAAAGUCUCAACUGACAGCUCAGAGAAAAAGAGGGAUGCACUGUUAAAGAAGGGUGCAUCCUCAAGGCUUAAUUUGUUGACAGAGGCUCAAAAACGAGCGGAAAAGCUGCGAACUUAUAAAGGCGAUCUUCAGAAAAUGAAGAAAGAAAGGGAAGAGGAAGACAGAAAGCGUCUGGAAGCAUUGAAAAGAGAGAGGGAAAAGAGGAUAGCUGCAAGAAGUGGUUCCACUGCCACCCAGCCACCAUUGACACCAAAGCAAGCAAAACCCCAUUCAGCCACAAAGCCUUCACCAAGUCCUUACAAAGGCUCGAAGUUUAGUGAUGCAGAGCCUGUUUCUUCAGCCUUGAGGAAAUUACCUGCCCAAACCUCUUCAAAUGGUUCCAGUGAUCCCCCAAAAGCUACCAAAUCUAGCAGAUUAAAUGGAAAUGACAAUGGCUUAACUCGAUCAGCAUCUGCGUUGUCUGAGGUUAAAAAGGGAAAUGGACUCAUUUCAGAAUCAAAGUCAGAAUCUUUCCGAAUAAAAAGACUCUCAGAUCCUAAAAACAGUUCAACUUACCAUGCUUCUACUGUUAAGUCUUCAAGUGUGGAUCAAGCUCCUAAGAGAAAUGUGCCCAAUGAGCCCCAGAAAAAAAUUGCUGAAAUUAUGCAACUAGAUCAAAGUAAAUCAACAACUCUUCCUGAACUUAGAAUCAAAACAAAAACUUCAUCUGAAAAAUUUCAAGAUAAAACAGCUAACAAAGUUCCCGUGAAGAAAGAGAUUGAAAGCAAAACUUCUCAGGUUUCUAAGCGAAUUGAGAGGAAAUUAACCAAUGAAAAAUCACCUAGCAAUAAUGAUGACAAUCAUGUCAUUGAGAAGACAGUGGUGGUGCUAGAAGACAAUGAGGUUCCUGCACCUCCUAUCCAGCGACCCGAUGAGAUAAUAGAAACGAAAGAAAGAUCACAUGGAGAUGGUUCAAUUACAGCUAAUGCAUCUAUUUAUGCACCUCCUUCAUCUAUUGUUAUGAGUCAGAUUGAGGAUUCUAGUCUAAGCAAGCUGGAUGAACUGCAGAAUCAUCCUGAGCCAGGGAAUGAUCCUCCAAAGUUCUCAGGCUCAACUUUAAUAGAAAAGCCUCAUCAAGAUCCUUUUGCCAUGUUAAGCUCCUUUGAGGAUCCUAUUAGUACUGUUUCGGAUUAUAAUGGUGGCCUAUCUGCAACUGAGUUUGAAACAGUUGUAACACAUGCCUCCACUAUUGAGAUUCCAGAUUCAGGGCAUCAAACUCAUGAAACACAUGAGAAGCCUCGGAGCAAGGAAACAAAAGGUAUUAGAAAGCUUCUGAAAUUUGGUCGGAAGAGGCACAACUCAACUUCAGCUGAUGGCAAUCUUGACUCAGACGCAUCAUCUUUGGAUGAUCAAACUCUUGCUGCAGCUUCCUUCAGUGAUGUUUCUCGGUCCUUUUCCCUCCUCUCACCAUUUCGAAGCAGGAACAGUGAGAAGAAACAGGCAGCAGCAUGAUGAGUUCUCUGCUCCAAAAUAAAGAACAGGAAGAAAGUGGGAUCUACUUCUACCAGGCAUAUAAUGCAUAUGGAUUGAGAUAUUUUGGUUCUUUUAGAAAUCAUUCUUGAUUGUUUUAUAGUCACAGUAAAGCUUGUGCUAUUUAUUCCCUACUGUCAACACUGUUGUUUGAUGCAUUCAUAUACCGUUUGUUUGUAGAAGAAUUAACUAUGGAUUGCUGUUCAAAUUUGUCUCUUGGAGCAUUCAAUUUGUAUGGAACACAUCAAAUGUCAAAACAUCCACGAAAAGAGCAAAGUGUAUCAGUGAUUGCAUAAUAA